AUGGUUAGCGCCGAAGCUGCUCGCAAUAUUGUUGGCAUCAUCGGGAAUGUCAUCUCCUUUGGUCUCUUCCUAUCGCCUAUUUCCAACUUUUGGCGUAUAAUUAAGAGGAAAUCGGUGGAGGAGUUCCAGCCAUAUGCAUAUAUUGCAACAUGUAUGAAUUGCAUGUUUUGGAUUCUAUAUGGUCUUCCAGUUGUUCAUCCUGAUAGCACUUUGGUCAUCACCAUCAACGCUAUUGGCCUGGUAAUGGAGUUGAUAUAUUUAUCAAUAUUCUGUUACUAUGAUCAUCAGAACAAAGGAAGGAAGAAGGUUGCGAUUGGACUUUCAGGGGAAGUGGUUUUCGUGGCAGUGGUUGCUAUAAUUACAAUGGUGGCAUUUCACACCCAUAACAGCAGGUCAUUCUUUGUGGGAGUUAUAUGCGAUGUCUUCAACAUUAUCAUGUAUGCUUCACCUCUUACCAUUGUGAAAAAAGUUAUAACCACAGGGAGUGUAGAGUACAUGCCAUUCUAUCUCUCACUCGCAGGUUUCACAAACGGUUGCAUCUGGACCGCUUAUGCUCUCAUCAAGUUGGACUAUUUCAUUCUGAUAAGCAACGGUCUUGGAUCUCUUUUCGGUCUUGUACAACUCAUAAUAUAUGGAAUAUACUAUAGAUCAACCCCCAAAAAAGGUCAAGAUAUUGUAAAGCCAACUGAGGUUCAACUAUCUGCUGCAUCCACGGCCUAA